AUGAAACGUACGACACAACGACGACUGGAAGCUACAUACCAAACACAACCCCAGUUAAAUCUGCAACCGCCUAGUCUUGAAAGUCUACUCCCGGAUCGCGAAGUGACCGACAAGCUUGUCAAUCUGUACUUUUCAACCUUUGAAACCACAUUUCGUAUCCUUCAUGUCCCUCAAUUUUUAACGGAGUAUGAGGAGUUCUGGAACUCAAAAAACGGUGCAUCCCUGAAUGUUUGGUCACGAGAUGUAUUUGCAGCCAAGUUACUUAGUUUGAUGGCAUGCGCUGCCAAUGCUGGAACCACAAGCGACACGCAAUCCCAUAACCCCCAGGUAUCAAACCAGACGGCAAAGGAAUGGUUUCGGGCUGUGAGGUCCUGGGUAAAGACAGUGACCACAUAUGCGAAACUCGAUCUUGACUUCAUUCAGGUCAUGUGUCUACUCCUAAUUGUAAGACAAGCUAUCGCCUAUGAGGGUGAUCUUGCUUGGCUUGCUGCUGGAUCUCUUAUACGAGAGGCUAUGAUGAUAGGACUUCACCGGGACCCUAUCAACUUCAAAAGUGUGUCGCCAUUCUAUGCCGAAAUCCGCCGGCGGCUUUGGGCAACUAUUGUUGAGCUGGAUCUCCAAGCUGCCCUUGAUACGGGCGUUCCAGCAGGAAUAUCAGAAGAUGACUAUGAUUGUGCUCCGCCGUCGAAUCUGGAAGACGAAGAUUUUUCUUUUAACUCGACGGCGAUUCCUGCUUCCAAGCCAAGCUCUUCAUUAACGAGAACUUCAUUCCAGGUAUUCUUGGCGCAAACUUUAGGCACUCGGAUCAAAAUUGUCAAAGUUGUCAACCAGAUUCGAUUAUCAUCGAAUUAUCAAGAAAUAUUGGAUCUCAGCCAAAUUAUCACAACCCAUCUCUCGCAAACCCCACUGGCUGCUGCCAGACAUAGCCCUGGCGAUGAUUCACCUGCAAAGUUCCAGCAAUCUCUUUAUCUCUUUCUCGUCUACAGAUAUCUCCUCGCUCUGCACCGUCCUUUCGUUCUCAGUCUUGCCGAGACCCCAAACGAAAUGUACAGAUACUCGCGAGACAUAUGUGUCAAAGCUUGUCUAUCUCUUCUGUCACCCCUUACACUUGCCCAACAAUCCGACGCACAUCCGGUAUAUCCUCACAUUCUCCGCCUCCGGGGAGGCAUGUUCAGAAGCGAGAUAUUUCAUGCCGCUGCAACUCUUUGCUUUGAGCUUCGUCUACAAGUGAAAGAUAACGCGCUGCCCCUUCUCCCUGGCCCUCUCGCGCAUGACACAAACACAAGCAAUGAUAAGCACGACCUUCUACUACGCACAGUUGAAAGUGCAAUAAAGUAUUUCGAGUUCAAAGUCAGGACAGAGAAACAGGCUUGCAAGGCGUUCAUGCUUCUCAAUAUGGUCUACACUUCUGCUCAAAGUGAACUACUGUCUAAAACACACAAACCUCAUGCGAAUUGUGGCACUAUGAGCAAUCUCACGUUGGAAAAUGCUUGUCCUCGGGCCGCGCGACGCUGCCAAGAAUUACUACUCGAGGGCGAAGGCAAGGCAGACUGUCAACAUUCUGAAGAAAAUUGGCUUGGGUAUCCGGGGAAUCCUUUCAUGGUAAAUAUAAGCUAA